AGGUUGUAGUGACGGCACCACCCAGUCUUCAUAAACAGCACAGAAGCCCUGAGUAGUGGACGACAGCUCUGUGGAUCACUGGUACAUGACAGGUGUUAGCAGGUUAAUGGAGGAAUCUGAACCACUGUUGGCUGCCAAGUCCGAGGAAAGGAGGAGAAAUGGCCACUGCAGGUGGAGCACUCAAACUCUGGGGUCGAAGGCGGUGGAGGAUUUCAGACGGAGGCUCAAGUACUUCUUUAUGAAUCCCUGUGAGAAGUACAGAGCCAGAGGUCGGAAACCGUGGAAAUUAAUGUUACAACUAUUAAAAAUUGCUAUCAUUACAGCCCAGUUGGUCUCUUUCGGCCUGAGCAAUGAAAUGAUGGUCACAUUCAAAGAGGAAAAUCUGAUGACGUUCAAACAUCUAUUCCUCAAAGGAUACAAAGAUCACUGGCAGAGAAGCUACGCACUUUACACUAAAACAGAUGUUUAUGACCACAUCUACUAUAUAAUCGACAGGUACACCAAUCUCCAGGACCUGACUGUUGGCAAUCUUGCAUAUGAGAAGGUUGAUGACAAGUACACGCCUCUGUCCAUAUGUCAAGUACUUUAUAAAAACAGCAGCAUCAAUCCUGGGAAGGAUACCUUUGAUAUUGAUCCACAUAUUGAUCAAGAAUGUAUUUCCAUAUACCCAGUGAAGUUGCUGAACGGUAGUUUGGCAGCACAGAAAAACUUCUCCUUAGAUUUCAAGAGGCUGCUAUCAGUGAAAAUCUACCUCACUCUGAAAACCAUCAAUCUGCAGACUGUGCGGCACCACGAGCUACCAGACUGUUAUGACUUCCAUGUAGAGAUUGUAUUUGAUAAUCGAGCACACAGCGGGAAGAUCAACAUUAGUGUUAAAAGCCAUGUUAGAAUUUUUGAAUGCAGGGACUGGAACAUGGAAGGCAGUUCUGGGAAGAUCAAUUAUCUCCUUUUGUCAUUUGAUUCUGUGGUCAUCCUCGCCUGCUUCGCCUCUCUCAUCCUCUGCAUGCGAUCUGUCAUCAGUGGCAUCCAACUCCAGUUUGAGUUCAACGUUUUCUUCCAUGCCUACUACAAUAAAACUGUAACUUGGUCAGACCGCAUGGAGUUUGUGAAUGGCUGGUAUAUCCUCAUCAUUGUCAGCGAUACGUUGACCAUUGUGGGGUCAGUGCUGAAAAUAGGAAUACAAACAAAGUUCCUGACCAACUAUGAUGUUUGUAGUAUAUUGCUGGGAACAGCCACAAUGCUUGUCUGGAUUGGUGUUAUCCGCUACCUUGGUUUCUUCAAGAAAUACAAUAUCUUAAUCUUAACCCUGAGGGCGGCUUUUCCAAAUGUAAUCCGAUUCUGCUGUUGUGCUGCCAUGAUUUACUUCGGGUACUGUUUCUGUGGCUGGAUUGUCCUUGGACCUUACCAUGACAAGUUCCGAACACUUGACAGGGUGACAGAGUGCCUCUUCUCUCUUAUCAAUGGAGAUGACAUGUAUGCCACCUUCCUGAAGAUGAGCGACAAGAACUAUAUGGUGUGGCUUUUCAGCCGGCUUUACCUCUACUCCUACAUCUCCCUCUUCAUCUACAUGGUGGUCAGUUUGUUCAUCGCUCUCAUCACUGACACCUAUGAAACCAUCAAACACCACCAGAAAGACAAGGAACCAGUGUCUGAGCUUUAUGCCUUUAUUGCAGAGUGCAGGGACCAGGCUGAGUCUGGAAGAUAUCAGACCAAUGAAGAGCCUUCAACCUGCUGUGUAUCUCCAUGUGAUUGCUUUUGGUUUAAAUGAAAGGAUGUAAUGUCUUCAAAGUGAGAACAAACAAGGUCUGAUAGGAGUAUAAAAUACCCCACAGAGUCCAAAUAGUUGAAUUACCUAAAUUACUUAAACAGUGCUUGAGUAGUUAAAAAAAAAUAAAAAAAUAAAUAAAAACUUUUACUUCAGGUUUCUCUAGCGUUGCAUGAUGUUAGAAAAAAAUAGUGUAUGCUAUAUAAUUGUUAGGUAUUGCAAUGGGAUAUGCUAAUUUCAUGGACUGCACGGUGGUGUGGUGGUUUGAUUUAACCCUCAAAAUUGUGGAGCACCAUGGCCUCACAGCAUGAAGGUCACUGGUUUGAGCCUCGACUGGGAGGAGGGUCGAACAGUGAUCUUUCUGUGUGGAGUUGGCAAGUUCUCCCCAUAUAUCCGUGGGCUCUCUCUGGGUACUCUGGCUUCCUCCCACGGUCCAAAAGAGUGUAUGUUAGGCUAAUUGGUUACUCUAAAUUCUUCCUAGGAGUCAGUGUUAAUGGUUGUUAGUCUCUCUGUGUUGGCCCUGCGAUGGACUGGUGACCUGUCCAGGGUGUACCCUGCCUCUCACCUGCUAAAUGCUGGGUUAGGCUCCAGUUGCCCCAUCACCUUACAAAGCAGUAUAUCUAGUAUAAAAAGUAAGCGGUAUGUAUAUAUAUGUAUGUAUAAAAGGCUGCAUCCAUUUCUGCACCUAUGCAUGAUGAUUAGUUGUACAGCAUUCACAAAAGUAGAGUUUUUUCCCUUUAUUGACUACGUGACUGCAAGCCUUUGUGUCAUCUUGACGUCAUCUUUGCAAUAAUGUUUCAUUUUUUACAUUUUUUUUAUAUACAGAUACCCUAUAUGAUUUAUAUAUAUAUAUAUAUAUACAUAUUGUGCAGCCUCAAGUUUUACUUACAGUGCUGGAAACUUAUGCAGUAAAUUAUUAAACUUCAUAUGUUAAGGUAUUGAGUAGUCUUUUUUCCUCCCAGUCAACACGAAAUCUGAGUUGAAACCUUUCUAAUUUGACCCUGUACAGCUUUUCGGAGCACUUCAGUCGAGCACACUAUCUUCAUUUACUGGAAUAUAACUUGUAAUUAUUGUUUAAAAAUAGUCAUUUUUUUAUAUUUCGCUUCAUCCCCUCGUAUUGCAGACAUUUUUCAGAAGUAUAUCUCUUUUAAGUAUGAUUUGUUUUAACUACUUGUCUUUUUUGCACCUCUCAACAAAUUGAUUUGACCAUACUUACGUAUAAGUGUACUUUGAUUUUAAUUUAAGUAAUCUUUUCUCUCAUAGCAAAUUCUAUUUUAGCUUUCAAGCAUUUUCACUAACAGCUAUGGAAAGCAUAAAAUGUGUUACUUCGAAGAGGAUCUCAAAUAUUUAUGCAAACUGUGUGUAUGGUAUUUAGCCAAAUUACUUUGUAAUAGUUAUACAAAUGUGAUAUUUAUUUCUAAAUAAAUAUAGUUGUGUGUU